AUGACAACAAAGUAUGGCAUGUUCCAAGAACAUAUCUACCUUACACCGACAGAUCCGCCAGCAGAGGGCUCUGCCAGCCCGAGCGGCUCGCGGAAAGGGAGUCGGUCCAGCUCACCCGUAGGAACACAGCUCCGCGAUCAUGGGCUAAAUUUUAAAGCCACGGUGGGGCGAGUUGGCAAGGGAAACGACGCGACCUUCGAGCCGUUCAAGGGUCUCUAUAAUGGUGACAAAUACCUCGACCCGGGCAGGCGGCGCCUACAGGAGGACAACACCCAGCGCAAGCAGCAAGUCGCACCUGCGCCGUUCAAAGCCGCGUCUCCAAUGAAAGUCAGCACUACCCCUGGAGACUUUGUGGGGACACUGCAAGGCAAAGUGGAGUACAUCCCGGGUCGUAGCGUAGCCUUUCAAAAAACCAAGGCCGACGUCCACAACGAGCCGCGUGGCUUUUACACAUCACCCGCCAAGAAGGGCACGUACGGUUUCAACAAGACCACCCUCUCAGAGCGGCAGGGUUUCAAGGGCGUGGCCACCGAGUACGAGUACCAGCACGACCCCGAUGAGAUGCAGCGCCAGCGGCGGUUGCAGGAGCGGGAAGCGGACCUAGCAGCUCGGCAGCCGCAGCCCUUCCGGCCGUCCCAACCUCCAAAGAAAGGCGGCGCGGGUGUGCCCAACAUCACCAUCAGCAAAGGGCGGGGUAUUGCAGGCGAAUACGAGUACGUGCUCGGAGCGGACCCUGCAGUGGCUCCCAAGGACCCAGAAGCAGCUAAACAAGCAAUCGCGGCUGUCAAGGCGGAUGGGGGCCCCGCAUUCCGCCCCUCGUCCCUAAACCCGCGGCACCUGGGUCGUCAUCCCGAGUACCUGCACGACCCCGAGGUUCCCAAGCUAGAGUCUGAGCAUGCACGCAAAAAGGCCGAGCAGCAACGACUCGCAUCCACGGGCGCGUGGCGACCAAACAACUCCGAAAAGACCGACAUGAUUCGCAGCAUUGUCCGGAUGAAUCUUAAAUGA